UACUACUCUAAAUCUUAAGUCUCAACCAAUAGAAAACAUGAAGAUCCAAAAGAUUAACACACAAUUGAUCAAACCACUCACCCCAACUCCUCCAAACCUCACCAACUACAAAAUCUCCUUCCUAGACAAAUGUCUCUCACCCAUGAACUUGGCUGUUCUUCUCUUCUACCAAUCCAAACCCGAAUCCCAACCUCACUUGCAAGAAUCACUUGCCCGAAUCUUGGUGGACUUCUAUCCACUCGCCGGAAGAUACAUCAAGGAACAAAGCCUUGUCCACUGCAACGACGACGGCGCCGAGUUCGUCACAGCACAAGCCACCGACGUCGACCUCAACGACGUUAUCGGAACGAACGACGCCGACAUUCUGCAACACGUGUAUCCCGAUUCCUACUACCGAUGCGACGAGGAUGCCUCGAACCCACUCCUGUCCAUCCAGGCCACCCAUUUCCCCUGCGGCGGCGCCAUCAUCGCCGUCAGCGUUUCCCACCGAAUCUUCGACAUACCGUCCAUAACCACAUUCAUAUCCGCCUGGUCAAGCGUCCACCAUCCUAAUAAAUCUGUUCAGGUCACGCCGUCUUUCAACAUCCCGUCUCUGCUCCCCUGCAAAGAGCACAAUUUUGGGGUGCAUUUGAAGCGAUCCAGCGCCGAGGAGCCCAAGAUUAUCGCCAAGAGGCUACUGUUCGACAAGGCGGCUUUAGCCAGCCUCAAGUCAAAAUUAAAGCCAAACACGAUCUCAGAUGGUGAGAUCGUGUCUGGUGUUAUAGCAAAGGCCCUGGUCCGUCUGGACAGGGCCAAGCAUGGGAAAAACAGAGAGUUUGUGGUUUUCCAACCGAUUAACAUGCGAGAGAGGACGAUCCCGCCUCAGUCGAAGCACGUGUGCGCGAACCUGACAUUCACCACGCUCACAGCUCCCGUGGCCGCCUCGGAGGAGAUUGAAGUGCAGGAAAUCGUUGAUGUGAUAGGCGAAGGCGUUCGGGCCAAUGUAGCGGAGCUUGCGGGAAUACUGUCUCGGGAUACGGACGGACGAGAUAUCAUCAUAAAAAGCUUGGGGAGCUUGAUGAAGGCGAUUUCGAACCGGGAGACGAAUUUCAUAGUGUUUUCGGAUUGCAGCGAGUUUGAAUUCUACGAGGCGGAUUUCGGGUGGGGGAAGCCGGUGUGGACGACCAUCACACCGCAGCGGCUGCGCAGCAACGCCACGGUGCUGAUGAGGAACAGAGAGGGAGAUGGGAUUGAGGCAUGGGUUCAUUUGUACCAAGAUGACAUGCCUCGCUUCCAGGAAGAUGAGGAUAUCACACCAUUUGCACAUUAGGAAGGAAGGAUUAAUCAUCCAAAUAUAUUACUCCUCAUGUAUUUCAUUCUGUUUGUUAGCUUUCAUGUAUUUGCUCCUCAUUCCUGUUUUCAACAAAUCAAAAUAAAAUAAAUGAGAAACACCAUAUUUAUAAA